AUGACAGCGAUACCACUGCAGCACCAGGCGCUGGCCAUGGAGCCGGGCACCAUCGACAACCUGUCCAUCCUGUACCAGAGCUCCGACUUCAUCGUGGUCAACAAGCACUGGGACAUCCGCAUCGACAGCAAGAUGUGGUACGAGACGCUGACCCUGCAGAGCCAGCUCAAGUACCGCUUCCCUGAGCUGGCCGACCCCGACACCUACUACGGCUUCAGGUUCUGCCACCAGCUCGACUUCUCCACCAGUGGGGCCCUGUGCGUUGCACUCAACAAAGCAGCCGCGGGAAGUGCCUACAAGUGUUUUAAAGACCGUCUGGUGACCAAAGCCUAUCUCGCCCUGGUCAGGGGCCAUGUCAGCCAGAGCCGAAUGAUGAUCCGCUACGCCAUAGGGAAGAACACCACCGAGGGCAUGACCCACAUGAUGUGCAUCGACGGGACAGAGGGCUGUGAAAAUCCCAAGCCUUGCCAGUCAGAGCUGAUCGUGCUCGAGCAUGGGUCCUACAGCGGAGACCCCGUAACCAAAGUGCUGCUGCAGCCGCUGCCGGGGCGGACUCAUCAGCUCCGGGUUCACUGCAGCGCCAUUGGCCACCCCAUCGUGGGGGACUUCACCUACAGCCACAAGAAGGACAACAGUCCCUAUAGGAUGAUGCUCCAUGCCUACUACCUGCGCAUCCCCACCAGCAAGGAGCUCAUCGAGGUCUGCGCCCCCGACCCCUUCGUCACCACAAUGGACAGCAACUGGGUGCCCCACCAUGUCACUCAUCGGCUGGAUGAGACCAUCCAAGAGCUGAAGGACAAGAUGAUACAGAAGGCGAAAGAGGAGGAGAGCCGGGAAGCCGUGCUUGGUGGCGUAGGAGAGGAGGCACCGAGCGAAGCCAAAAGCCCGGAGACAGAGGAGCAGCGAGCCCAGUGCGAGCAGUGGUUGGCCGAGUGGGCUUUGGAGUGA